AUGCCACCCAAAGCAACUGCGGAAGAUUUUGAUGAUGACUUUGAGUUCGAUCUGCCAACCAUCGCGUCACCCGCCGUCUCACAGGCACAACAGGCAGGUGCAUCGCAAGCCGACCAGAUGGCUGCUUUCCAAAAGAUGAUGGAGCAGAUGGGCCAAGCUCCUGGCUCUGGCGACUUUGGUGCAUCCCGCCCUCCUGCCGGCCUUGCCGGCGCCAGUGGAUCCAAGGGGAAAGAUGAUGGUGAAUUCAAAAAGUGGGUGAGCAUCUACCCGAUUUAUUUUGACGCCAAGCGUCACUACGGUAAAGGCUGCCGACGUGUCUCUUAUGAGAAGUCGAGCGCUUUCCCCACGCAGCUGUGGAUCGCGAAAGCCGUGGGUCGACUCGAGCUCAAGUAUGUUCAGGAACCCUUCAAGACGCAUCCCCAAGAUUGGGAGAAUCCAGGAAGAGUCAAAGUGCAGCUAUUCAACGACGAUGGCGAGCCGAUCAACAGCCGUUUGGCAAGCAAGAAGCAGCUUUUCGAUGCUGUUGCAGAGACGAUUCAGCCCAACUGCGGCGGAAAGCCGCCUACGCUCGAACCUCGCAAAAAACGUGUCCGUCCAUCGACAAUGAAGAAGCAAGCCCUUGCUGAAAACGCCAAGGCUACCGCAGGUGGAUCGUCGGAUGCUGCUGACACUGGUGCGGGAGCUAGCAGGAAGAACAAAAAGAAAGCUGCUGCUGUCGCUUCGAGCAGCGCCACUGGCGCUUCCAAGCCAACACUGACGAAAGAGCAGCGCAAGCAAUUCGUUCAAGCUAAGCGCGAUCCGAACCCUAACCCGAUCCGCGAGCGGCUGGCUAAAAUCCAGUUUCCGCCUACAUUGGAAGCACGUCUACCAGCACACUCGCCUGCCAUUGAAGGUGGACUGCUCAACAUGAAUCUUGCCGAAGCGAUGGGCGGUAUGCCACCUGGCAUGCCGGGAGCCGAUGCGCUCGGAGGUCUGGGUGGCAUGCUGGGCGGUAUGGGGCUCGGUGGCAACGACGAAGAUGAGGAGGAAGAGGAGACACAGGACGAAGCAGCCGCAAAGAAAAAGGAUCCCAUGAACCCGCUCAACCUCGGACGUAGGCAAAGAAAGAAGGUGGUUCGUAUUGGACGUUGA